AUGUCGGGUCUGGUGAGAGUGAUGAUGAUGGCAUCACUAGCCGCUCUGCCCAGCCUGAGUUCGGCCCAGUGCUUCGGCGGGACAAUCACCAUGGAGAAGACCGUCGGCGUGGAUUUCAACGAGAAUUCUCAGCCUCUUUUGGCCAAGCAGGACGCGGCUGUGACGAGCGAGUGCACGAGCAUCUGCAAAGGAACGCCGGGUUGCAAUGCUUUUACUAUCGAUUACAGCACCUCGAGUUGCAAAUCGUACGACAGGACAUCAAAAGACCGUCGUCGAUCGCUCAUUCCCAAGCAAGGAUUUAACUUCUUCGAGAAAGUGUGUCUUCGUGGAGUCGACUACAAUCAGCUGUGCGGCCAAGAGAGACUGUGGGCCUUCGAGCGCGUGUUAGAUGCCUACCUCGAUGGUUUCGAUAACAAGACCAUUCCCAACGUCGAUAGUAGGGCCGAUUGUAUGAAGUUCUGCCUGGUUGAGACGGAGUUUACUUGCAGAUCCGCCGAAUAUGACAAAAUCAGGAAACUCUGUCAGCUGAGCAAAGAGGACAGACGGACACGACCCACUGAUUUUAUUUCUGCUCCCGGAUCAGCUGUCGAUUAUCUGGAGAACCAAUGUGUUCGAGCUCUCCCCGACUGCCGCUACGAUGUACAAAAUGACGUGAUGGUGAUUUCAAUGGACUCGCUGGAAUUCGCGAACGUUCAGAACGACUGUCAGAGCCUUUGUGACAAGACGAGGUUCAUGACAUGUCGCUCGUAUACGUUCGAUUCCAGGGAGAAGAGGUGUUAUCUUUCUGGCGAUGAUUCAGUCUCUCUCAACAAGACUGUUUUACCCAUCAAGGCAGGAGUAGUGACAGGAGAGAAGCAGUGUACAGUCAGUCAGUGCGAGCGCGACCAGGGCACGAUCAUCUACGAGAAGAUCACAGGUCAGACCGUGAGGACAGCGAGGGAAUCACUCUAUAACCUCGACGCUUCUCCAGGAGGCAUCUCAGAGAAAUGCGCACGGCAAUGUAUGGACGACUCGGGCGAGUGUCCUGCCUUUGCCGUCGACUACAUCAACACCCGCUGCUUCAAACUCGACCGUAACACUCAAGGACGAGUUCAAGACAUUGUCGAGUCCCCGGGGAAGAGUUACUUUGAGAAGACCUGCGUCAGAGCGACCUUGUCCGCCCAGUGUCGAGGAAGCACAUGGCAGUUCGAACGAGUGAUUGGGAAAGAGCUAAGAGGAUUGGACGAUCAGGUUUACAAUCUCAUCCAGAGUCGUAGGGAUUGUAUCGAGCGCUGCCUGCAAGAGACCGCCUUCCAGUGCCGAUCCGCGGAGUACGACAGCACGGAACUCACCUGUCGUCUGAGCAGGAGAGACAGGAGGUCGUCUCCGCUAGACUUUCGUGGAUGCUGUGUCGCCGACGGUGGAGUACCUCGAGAACCAGUGCGUCCCUGUCAACAUCUACCUCUUUUUUUCACAGCUGACGAUACCUGUCCAUACCAACGCUCCGAGAGUGCCUACCCGACGUACCUGGAUGUCACCGUUGAGAAUGUAGUGUCGGAGUUACAGUGCCAGAGAGAAUGUACUAAUUACAGGUCCUUCAACUGCCGGUCUCUCGCCUUCAGACCAACUGGAUCGCAGUGCUUCCUCUCUGGAGAUGAUACAAUUUCCGGCGGAGGGGAAGAUGCCAAACAGAACCGUCCAGGCACCAUCUUCUUCGAGAGAGACUGCCUUGGCGGAGGAAGUGGUGGAGGAGGAGGAGGAGGAACUGGAGGCGGCGGUGGAGGAGGAAUCGGAGGAGGUAGUGGUGGUGGCUCUGGUAUUGGCGGAGGCGACUUCUUGUUCCAAAUAGAUCGCUGUUCCCUCGGCGGACUCACCUACGAGAAAAUCACCGGCUAUGAGCUUUCCGGAGUGAGGUCGGAGCUGCUGACUUCCAGUUCGACGCCAGGCAUCACCGCCGAGUGCGCCCGCCUCUGCGCCAACACGGAGAAUUGCAUGGCCUUCAACCUGGACUACAACAGGAUCGAGUGCUAUUCCCUGGACACGCCGGCAUCCGAAGCCCCUAUUAAUCUCAGGACCUCCAGCGGCGUCGCCUACUUCGAGGGGAUUUGUUUGAGGAGUGGCGGAUGUGGCCUUCGCUGGACCUACGAGAGAGUGCCAAACUACGAGCUGCGGGGCCAGGAGAGGGACACCUACAGUGGCAUCAGCAAAUCCGAAUGCAUGGAAAAGUGUCUGGAUGAGCGCCGCUUCGUCUGCCGAUCCGCCAGCUACGAGUACUCGAGGCGUCUGUGUCGCGUGUCGGAUCAGAACCGGUUCUCUGCCCCGGCGUCGUUCCAGGCGGCCCCCAACGUGGAUUACAUGGAGAACCAGUGCGCGCCAAAGCCGACCGGAUGCCGCUACACGAACGACCAGCGGGACCGUUUCCUGAUCUACACGACCAAAACAGUGACGGCUUUCAGUAACGACGAGUGCAUGCGUGCGUGCGACGUCGAGACGGAAUUCAACUGUCGUGCCUAUUCGUUCAUGAGUGCGGCUGGAACUCCACGUGACCAAUGUUACCUGAGCGGAGACACAGGUACCAACGCUGGAAACAAUGCAUUCCAGUUCAGGUCAGGUGCAAUGUUUGCCGAGAGGGAAUGCACUGAAUAUACAGGAAUGACAACAGCGACACCACCAAUCACAGGAGGAGUGCUGAAUUGCCGAUUCGCGACAACUUAUGACAAGGUGAUGGGUGUCGAUCUACGAGGCGCCAGAGAGGAGAUUCGAGCACGUGACCAACUGGGCAUCACCGUCGACUGUCUGAAGGAGUGCGACCGGCGGAGGGACAGGUGUCUUGCGGUCACCCUCGAGACGUCGCCCUCGACCGCGCAGAGGUGUUACGCCCUUGAACGCGCCGCUGGGUCCGACCCGGGCGUGCUGACUUCCGCUUCCGAGGUCUCUUACUUCGAGAAGGUCUGCAUUCCGGAAACUACUUGCGGAAAAGCCUGGACAUUUGUUCGUGUGAUUGGCCAUGACUUACGCGUCAAUGGUCGAAUCCUGAACAACGUGCCAACGCGAGAGGAGUGCCAAGCCGAGUGCCUCCGUGCCUCUGACAUCCCCUGCAGAUCUGCUGUGUACGACUUGCGCCAACGUACCUGUAAGCUGAUGGCCGAGACCAGGAGAACGGAUCCGGACAAGUUCGGCUUCAAGUCACGUGAUCUCGAAUUCCUUGAGAACCAGUGCGCUCCCGACCCGCCCAACUGCGACUACGCUAACUACGAGGGUCGAUUCCUGCCUUAUUUCGACCGCUUCUUCACCAACGUGUUCGACCCGGCGGAGUGUAAGCAGUACUGCGACAGCGAGAGGGACUUUGCCUGUAGGAGUUUCAAUUUCCAGUCGUUCAGAAGAGAAUGUUCACUGAGUUCAGACGACACGUUCACCGUCGGCGGCCAGAAUGCCUUGCAGGUCGAGAGAGAUUAUUUCUACUCGGAGAAGGCUGCGUGCAAGACAGUGAAAGUCGACUGCACGCCCACGGACAUGGUAGUGACGUUCAGCUUUGGCACGGCUUUCGAAGGACGCAUUUACGCCACGGGGAAUGCGCAGGCGUGCUUCGAGAUGGGAAAUCGCCAGACACAGGUGUUCUUGAGGUUGCCACUGGGAGCUGCUUGUGGAACGCAGGAGGAGGCUCCGGGCAAAUUCGUGAACACGGUGGUGGUUCAACAACAUCCUCUCAUCAUGCAAGAAUCGGACAGGACGGUCAGAGUGGAGUGUUCUUUCGAGGCAGGAGACCAGACCGUGAGCUUCGCCCCCCAGGCUGGUGCGGGAAGGACAGGAGGAGGCAUUGAUAUCAAAUAUAAAACCCACGUCAUGAUGCUUGGCGAACGUGGCAGUGAUGGGCUUCAAGUGGACGCCGGCUUCAGACCCGCGGGCGACUCCGACAUCAUCAGCAACACCGCGCCCACGCCCACGGUCCGCAUGCGCAUCUACAAGGCCACGGGGCAGGAGGCGAACAACGUCGACCUGGGAGAACUCCUGACGCUGAAGAUCGAGAUGGAGCAGACGUCCGCCUUCGCUAUCUUCGCCAGGAACCUCGAGGCCAGGACGGAUAACGGGGAGAUUAUGACCCUUAUUGACAACGUUGGGUGUCCCCGCUACCCCAGCAUCUUCCCAGAACUUCAGGUGGAGGAAAGAACCAAGAGUCUGUUCGGCAACUUCAAGGCCUUCCGGUUCCCGUCCACCGCCAGAGUCAACUUCGUGGCCACCAUCCGGUUCUGCCAGGAACGCUGCGAACCGGUGUCAUGCGGAGCCGGGGUAGUGUCAUACGGACGUCGCCGCCGCCGCGCCGCGAACUCGACCCUCUUCGCCGCCGAGUCCAGGGCCUUCCACGAGGACGAGCUGGAGGACGACGAGCUGGUCCUCGAGCUGGAGACGGCGGGAUCGACGACCGAGGACGCCUUCACCCUCAGCGUCACUUCCGGAGGGCCUCUCGACUCGACGCUCCUCGAGAAUUUGCUCGAUACGACUCGAACCACCAGGCGCUCCACCUCCAGCAGCACUCGUACCUCCAGAAGCACGUCGCCCUCCACCUCCACUUCCUCUUCCACCUCCACCUCCACCUCCACCUCCACCUCCACUCAGAGGACCGAUGUGGAUGAGUUGGAGAGCGAGGCGGAGGAGGAGGUGCCCGAGGACAUUCCCGUGGCUCUGUCGCUGGUUGUCGGCGAAGAUACGAUGCCUGAAGGUUGGGACAAACACGAUCGUUACCGCUAUCGUGACGAGACAUAUGUUGCAGACGACUACGUAUGCACUCCGACCUCGACCGUGAUAGCUGCCGUACUGACGCUGUUGGUGCUCCUGUGUGCCAUAUCCGCUGGUUUCGUGUUCUUUUAUCGAUCCAAAAAGAGACAUUGGCAGAAAAUGGGGAGCUGUGAACCUUUCCCCAUUCCACCACAGCCCAAGAGCCAGUUCUACAACAGCCCAGAAGUCAUGUUCCGAGCUGCUUACGGAGGAUUUCCUGGCCAGUCCAACAUGGCAUCCAACAUGGCGGCUUUCGGCACUCCUCAGGCACUCUCUCCCAUGCACGAGGAAUCACCACAGUACAAGGAAUAAGCUAGCCCACGAGCCUCUAUCUUGAGAGUGUGAGAGAUAAAAAAAAAGAGUGAAAUAUAUAUGUAUAGCUGAGGUUAUAUGUAUAUUUUUAUGGGAGAACUUUUUUUUUCGUGAUUUUGUUAAGAUACUUUAAGAAGAAAAUUGUGGUUGGUUUAAUGUUUUGGUAUUUUGAUAGAUCGUUUUUUUUUCGAAAAAAAAAAAAAAAAAGGUAUUUGUUAUUCCCUUACAAAUGAUUGACGUUUUUUAUAUUACCAAUUCGUUUAUACCAGAAUCUUUACUCUUAUUUUACAAAUGAAAAGAAAUAAAGUUACCAAAAAAUCAGGAGAUAUAUAUAUAUAUAUAUUAGAGAGAAUAAAAUAACCUGGUGUGAGAUGAAAAGGUGUGUAAAUAAGGAUGGAGGGAGUACGGACACAUUCCUAAUUUUCAUCCUCUGAAAUAAAACUUCACAUUUCCUGCAUAUAUAUUUUUUCACAGAGAUUUGUACAUAUAGAAUAGCUCAGUCUUAGGGAUGUUCAGCUACACAGAUCUCUUUUUCUUUAUUGCAAGGGGUUUCUAAGCUUUUGUUCCCGUUAUUAUUAUUAUUACUAUUGAUAAUAUUUUAGGCCCGUUUUCUUUCCGCCUAAUGUCUCGACGCUUAAGGAUUUUUCCGUUUAAUUUUUUUUCUGCUUUGUGUUUUCGGUUCAUAUAUAUGUUUUUUUGUUGUGCAUGCAGAUCUUCCUUUGUUUUUUAUUAUUAUUGUCGCAUUGAGUGUCUUUCGAUUCCUUUUUUUUCAAUUUACAUUUUUUUUCGUUGGUGAGGAACAGAAAUGCAUCAAUUGUAUCACAGUUGCAGUAAAUAUUUCUUUCUUUCUUUCUUUCCUUAGUAUGGUGUUUCUUUGUGUCAUUUAACUUGUUUUGUAUCGCAUUACGUCCGUUUUUAAUGUUUUCUCUUCAUACCAAAGACUUUAUAAUUGCAGUAUGAUUUUGUCUUUCUCUCUCUCGCUUUCUCUUUGUCUUUUUGUUUUCUAAGAAAUUCCUAUGAUACAGCGAGUGAUUCCGGUCUGUGGGAUGUGGAACCUUUCUUUGAUUAGUUUAUAAUGUUGUUGUUUGGAUUCUGAUGAGAUUCCGUGUGAGAGGGAUUUUUUUUGUUUUGUUUCUGUUGUCAUUUUUUUAUUUUUCAUUUAUGUUUUUGUUGGAUUUUCUCUCUUUCUUUGUUUUUUUUUUCUCUCUCUCUCCCUCUGUUU